GGCGGUGCUGGAGGUUGACUGGCGCGGGUUCCGCUCUGCGGUCCCUCAUGGAGGAGGCGGUGUGCACGGCUGAAGCCCCGGAUGCUCGCACUUCCCACUGGGCCUCGAGGAAGGCGGUGGCUAAGCGAGCGCUAGCGGGUGCUGCCUGUACAGGGGUGUGAGCCACGGUGCCCAGGGCCAGCUUCCUGAGGAGAAGCCGCGUGACCGGCCUGCCGACUGGACUAAGGCUCUAAGAUGUGAUUGCCCUUGGUUCUAAAGGUUGGGAGCAGAGUGUCACCAGGUCUGAGAGGAGCGAAGCAACUCAUUCCUUUUGGGACAUUCACACUGCUGCCCUGUUUUCAAACUAUUUGAAGACCACAUCAUCCUGCCCCUGGUACCAGCAGUUUCUCUGUUCUGUGAUCAAUGUGAUUCGCAAGUACUUCGUAAGUCACAAACGAAAUGAGCCCAGGGCGUGGAAAAUAUGACUUUUACAUUGGCCUGGGGUUGGCUAUGAGCUCCAGCAUUUUCAUUGGAGGAAGUUUCAUUCUGAAAAAGAAAGGCCUUCUGCGACUUGCUAGAAAAGGCUCAAUGAGAGCAGGUCAAGGUGGCCAUGCAUAUCUUAAAGAAUGGUUGUGGUGGGCUGGACUGCUGUCAAUGGGAGCUGGUGAGGUGGCCAACUUCGCUGCAUAUGCGUUUGCACCAGCCACGCUAGUGACUCCACUUGGAGCCCUCAGUGUCCUAGUAAGUGCCAUUCUCUCUUCCUACUUUCUAAGUGAAAGACUGAAUCUGCAUGGGAAAAUUGGGUGUUUGCUGAGUAUUCUGGGAUCCACAGUUAUGGUCAUUCAUGCUCCAAAAGAAGAGGAGAUUGAGACCUUAAAUGAAAUGUCUCAGAAACUAGGUGAUCCAGGUUUUGUUGUCUUUGCGACACUUGUGGUCAUUGUGGCCUUGAUACUAAUUUUUGUGGUGGGUCCUCAGCAUGGACAGACAAACAUCCUUGUGUACAUAACAAUUUGCUCUGUAAUCGGAGCAUUUUCUGUGUCCUGUGUGAAGGGCCUGGGCAUCACUAUCAAGGAGGUAUUUGCUGGGAAGCCUGUGCUGCGCCGUCCCCUGGCCUGGGUUCUGCUGCUCAGCCUUGUCGUCUGUGUGAGCACCCAAAUCAAUUACCUGAACAAGGCGCUGGACAUAUUCAACACGUCCAUUGUGACGCCUAUAUAUUAUGUAUUCUUCACAACAUCAGUUUUAACUUGUUCAGCUAUCCUUUUUAAGGAGUGGCAAGAUAUGCCUGCCGACGAUGUCAUUGGCACUCUGAGUGGCUUCUUUACGAUCAUUGUGGGGAUAUUCUUGCUGCAUGCCUUUAAAGACGUCAGCUUCAGUCUAGCAAGUCUACCUGUGUCUUUUCGAAAAGACGAAAAAGCUGUGAACGGCAGUCUGUCUAAUAUGUAUGAAGUUCUUAAUGAUGAAGAAAGCUUAACCUGUGGAAUCGAACACAAUGGUGAAAACAUCUCCCGAAGAAAUGGAAAUCUGGCAUCUUUUUAAGAAAGAUGUAAUUAAAAGGUUAAUGUAUCAUUCUGUUAUAAAGUGAAUUUAAAUAUCAGAAUGUGUCUGAAAACACAUUGUCCUUAAAUAAUGUUCUUUAAAGACAAUCUUUUAGGGUUUAACUAAUUGGACCAAGAAAUUACUUUUCUUCUAUUUUAAAUGAUGGUGGCCCACUGAAAUGGCCUCAGUACAUGACCAGUGUCUACUGACAUUGUAUUGUUUAGAGGUGUCGUGCAUUUUGAUUCUUUCUCCAAGAUGUAAAUGCACUAUGGCAGUCUCAAUGUCUAUAAAAAAUGCUUUAUUUUUUCAUUGGUGAUGAAAGUCUGAAAUGUACGUUUGUCCUCUCUGCUGCACUAAUCCCUGACCAUGUAGUUUUUGUUUUUUUUAGGAAAGAACAGAAUCAUCCCAAUACAUUAUCCUGUGAUUUACUUUAUAAAACUGACUCCUGUUUGAUGAAUUAUUUUAAUUUUGAAAAGUUAAUUUAAGGGAAAACUAAGUUACUGGAUGAAGGAAACUCUUACAAAACAAAAAAAGGUAGGAAGUCGCUCCAAGGAAGUAUUUCUCAGGCUGUGACUUGUCAGCCUAAGUAUGGCUUCCUGUGUGCAUUCAGGUCCAUCAUCAUAACCACAUGGUGCUGGGAACUCUGAUCGAUAUUUGACAUUAGCUCUUGGAUUUUUCACUAUAUUUUCAUAAGGAGGUAUAUUGUCAUUUAGACUUAACUUGGGGAAGUAAAAUCAGAAGACAAGUUACUAAAUUUAGCUCAUGUUACAAUAAAAAGACAAGUUGAAGCAAUAUUCUUUCCCAAGUCUGAAUGCUUAGAACAAACUUAACAUGUUUGUAGAAUGGGCUCUUUGUACUAUUUUACUUUGCUUAAGAGUUUGUUUGGACCAUUAGAAAAAAUGUUUAUGGAAAAUUUCAGACAACAUAAGCAAAAGAGGUAGAAUAAAAGAGUUAUGAUGAACUCCAUCCAGCUUUAAACCUCUCCAACUCUAGCCAUUCAUUGAUUAGCUCUUUUUAAAAAGUACUGAUAGAGGGGCGGCACCUGUGGCUCAAGGAGUAGGGCAGUGGCCCCACAUACUAAAGGUGGCAGGUUGAAACUCAGCCCAGGCCAAAAACUGCAAAAAAAAAAAAAAGUAUUGAUAGUAUUUCCACCUAGGUGGUGGAAGAGCUUGGGCUCUUAUCUGCUGGUCCUGCCUGGUUACACAGGGAGGGCUGAGCCGCACCCCUUGGCUAUGUCAGGGCUCCCUGCUGUGGUGCUGACAUCCCACAGAGCUCUCCCCUGGCUGCACAUAAAUGUCAUUUUCCCAACUUUGUUUUCUUCUGACCCAGGAGCAGUUUUAGAUGUUUUGUCCUGCCCUCUAACACAUGAAUUUUUUUUUUUUUUUUAUUGGUAGAGACAGGUUUUGCUAUGUUACCCUGGCUGGUCUUGAACUCUUAGCCUUAAGUGAUCCAAAGUGCUAGGUUACAAGUGUGAGCCAGUGCCCAGCCAACCCCCAUUUACUUUUAAUACCACAGAUAUAAUGUAUAUCUACUUAUGUACUGUAUCUGCGCUUUGU